GAACAUUCAUCUAUGCAAUUGAUACAUAGGGAUAACAUCGUAUAUAAAGCACUGAUAAUAUCUAUAAUUUGUAACCUCAAAAACAUGUUUCAAUUUUCAGUUUACCGCCAAAGGUACUCGUGAACAAGCUUGUCUAAAGACUGAGAAAAAAAAUGCUGAGUUUCAAUUUUCAGUUUUCCGCCAAAGGUACUCGUGAACAAGCUUGUCUAAAGACUGCUUAUAUAUGUUUCAAGGUGAUUGUUUGUUCAUUUAUUGUAUUAUUUCAUGUCGGUAUACAUGCAUCAUAAUAUGGAAGUUAAAACACGGACUCAGAGAACAAAAGGAACACAGAAUUCUUAUAAAUGGAAGGACGAAAUUCGAAAAUUGUAUGCUGGAUUGGAAAAACUUGCACGACUUGACGAAUUUGAAGAAGAUCAAAAGAUUGUUAAAAAGAUUUAUGCGGAUUUUGAAAGGUUUUUCGAAGGAGGUGGAUCGGCUAAACGGAUUAAGUACAAAUUUCGGCUUUUGUUUGAUAAAGAUAUACUCGAGGGCACAUUUACUGACGAACAUAGAGCUAUAUCAUUGCUGCAGAAACAGGAGGACAGUCCAAUUAAUGGCGAUACCAUUUUGUUUCGAGCAAUGUCAAUCAAUGUAGAAUCUGAAGAGGGAAUAACAACUCUUGACGAGAUCAUCAAUUUACUAAUACAGAAAUGUCCAGAGCUGAUUGUGUUUCCAAAAAGCAAUGUUGGUUAUGCAGGUAUAACACCAGUCCAUCUUGCAAUUCUAAAAGAAAAUGUAAGCAUCUUAGAGUCCAUGUGUAACAGUUUGCAAUAUAUCCAUGAGUCUAGACUCCCAAGAGAAAAAAUUCAGGGCCUAUGUGCUUCUGGACCAAUUUUUCAAGCUUCUCCGAUGAUGGCAGGGACACCCCUAGGUGUUGCAGCUCUUAAAUUUAAUGAACCCAUUUUCAAGCUCACGCUUAAACAUUUCAGUCCCGGUUUAGAUGUUACGAAUGACAAAGGAGACACUAUUUUACAUUCACUCAUCAAGUAUGCAUGCGUACAGCCGGAGAAACUCGAUGAUAUUCAGAGAAUGUUUAGCUAUGUUUUACAGUGCAAAUUUGACAGUGAUAUCUCUGAUGACAAUGAAAAACGGGAACAUAAAAAACAGGCACGCAAACUUCUUAUGUUGACAAACAAAGAAAAAUUAAAUGCGAUGCAACUGGCUGCAAAAAGACAACAGUUUAAAAUAUUUGAAAACAUUAUGAAGAGCGAGAUUUACCAUUCAAGAGAAUCAGGCGAUGGCCUUUUCAAUGAAGAAGUGUAUGAUAUAACAGAAAUAGAAACGCUGAACAUCAUUGAAGAGGUCGAUGAGAACGACAAUGAAGAUCUGAAACCAGACCACCACGAGUCAAUUAUGGAGUACAUAGUCCACCAGGAAACAAACACCGCCUUUCUUUUUGUCGAUUUCAUUCCCGUACAAGACGUGAUUCGAGAGAAAUGGAAGUCAUACAAGAGUCGGUUUAUUGGAUGGUUUAUUCUCCAUCUUAUUUUCAUGUCCCUAUUAUCUGUUGCUUCUGUAUACAGAUCUAAACUAUCCGGACCUGUAUCAAUAAACAAACAGGCUGAUUUUGCAUACAUCGUUACUAGAAAUGCAUUCGUAACUGUAGUUUCCGUAUUUGGAUCACUAUUAGGUUUAGUAUACCUUGUCAUGGAGAUAGCGCGACUGUCCUAUUCACGUUUUCAAUAUCGGACAUCAAGGGUUUUCAUUAAACGAUUUUUCCGGCAUUUCAAUACGCCAUAUUCAAAUAUGAUUUUUAGAAUAUAUUUUGGCCUUUUUUCUCUUCUGCUGAUCAUAGAUUGCGUUCUUGCUUCAACUGAAGCCUCUGGCUCCUUUUCAGGAUAUGAAAAUUAUUGCCUGAUAUUUGCUGUGAUUAUUGGCUGGUAUUUAGUCAUGUUCUUUCUGCAAACAUUUAGGGCAUUUAGCAUAUUUACUGUCUUGAUACAGAAAGCAAUUUUAGAUAUGCUUAAAUUUGCUUUAGUUAUGACUUUCUUUCUCGUGGCAUUCUCUGUAGCCAUGUACAUGAUAAUGCAAGGGGCGAAUACAGAGGAAGACGACUUCCAUAACUUUAGUACAACAAUGCUUAAAAUGCUGACCAUCAUGCUUGGCCUUGGAGAACUUGGAAUUUUGUUUCAAGCCCGACAUCCUUAUCUAGCAAUUUUUGUUUUUGUUCUGUUUGUCUUGCUUACAACAAUUCUCCUCCUAAACGCCUUGAUCGCCAUGAUGUCAAAUUCUUGCACAGAUCUUAUGAAUAAUUAUGGAGGAUUGGUCGCGGCAAAGCUUCACUGUCGUCUGCAAAAGUUGUCAGUUAUUUUGUUUCUUGAAGGAUUCUUUCCCCGGGGCUUAUGUAAAGAGGUUGGUAUUAAGAAAAAGAAACAUAGAUAUGUCAGUAAUGAAUGGACGAAUAACAAACAGAGGCGAUUAUGGGUUAGGAGCUCAGUACACCACCAUAACAUGACAGAAACUGAUAAAAAUCCCGAUCAUCUUCUGUAUCAGCAAAAAGACCUACAUAACGUAUACGUGUUGUUAAAGAAAUUUAUAAAACCAAGUAUAAAUGGUGAACGAAAUAACAUUGUGGAGCCAACAACCUCACCAUUUACCUUGACGACACUUACACCAUCGAAAGGAAACAUGGAAAGCGUUGAUAUUACUGUCAAUGACAGGAAUGUUUAUGAUGAUAAACAAAACAAUAUACUUUUGAAAUCGGUUGAUAUUCCAGAGGUUGAGUAAAUACAUCGUUAAAUAGCCAAGAUUAUAUUCAAUAAAAGUAUUUGUGCUAAGUAUUUUGUAGUGUUUAAUCGUUGUACUUCUGUAGAAAUAACAAAAUCAUUAAGGUAUUUUAGCAUAGACCUCGUAUAUGACAAACUGAAUUUCUGAUUACUUCUUGAUUAGAUUCUAGAAAAAUAGUUUUGUUAGUGAAUGAAAGCAUCAUUCAGUUUAAAAGUGAUUUUUUCGUGUGUGUGUGUGUGUGUGUGUGUGUAUGUGCGUGCGCGCGCGUGCGUGCGUGUGUGCGUGCGUGCUUUUUAUCUAUGCAGUAAACACUUCAAAGGGUUUCCAAAGGGUUAAUGAUGAUAUCAUUAGUCAGAUAUUUAAUGCAUACUUUAAGGUGUAUAAUUAUUUAAAGAUUUUCUGACUGAUAUAAGAUUUAUCUUUUGAAGUAUUUCUUAUGAUUUUUUGUAUAAACAUGUUCGGCAUUCACUGAUAUAUAUACUUAUGCAUAUCAUAAGAAAUUAUUUCAUAUGAAUAACUUGUGUGUGUAUAUUAUUUUGCAUGUUUUAUUCGUGGAAAUAGUUACCUUGUUCAUGUGCAAACAUUAAUGGAGAUUCAAAUUUAAUUCUUCAUAAAUACUUCUUGACUAUUAUUGGGUUAGACUAAAACAUCUUAAGGUAAUUGCAUGUUGGUAAUGUAUUGCAUAGUUUUGUUUAAUUUAUUUUCAAACGGCUUAUAACAUUUGUUACACCAUAUGAUUCUUGAAGUAAUCAAACUAUGUUUGUCAAUACAUGUAUAACAUGACAAAUGAUCAUAAGAAAGUCGCCUUAUAAAUUAUCAAAUAGAAAGGGAUAAUUUCAAUGUCUUUGUCAAAAAAUACAAGAUUUAAACAAACAUGACUAUAUAGUUAUAAGUGUAUGAAUACUUCUAUUUCAAUGUCCACUUAUAACAAAUAUAUUUUAAACUUAAUAGCAAGACGCUUUAUGACAGUCGAUGUAAUUUCGUAGUUUUUUAUGCUUGAAAAGUCAAUUUAAGGUAUUUAAUAAUGACACAACGAAUAGUUGCAACGAUUUUAUUUCACUAACAGAUACUUAUGAUAAGGUUUUUCUAUAGAUUUUAUUGAAGAUUUUAUUUGCUUGAGACACCAAAAUAAAAGAUAUAAAAGAAAUUAUGACCGACGUUAAAAUAGAAAAAAAUAUAUCCUUUGAUCUUUUCGCAGAAAUGGGGUGUAUUAUACAUUGUGGUAAUUAUAAUUAGAAGACUAUUUAAAAUAUUUGGCACCCGGCAGAUCGAUAAUACAUCAGUGACCAUAAUAAUGGAAAUCUGUCGAUUUGUGGCGACUUAAGAAUAUUUAUAUUAUUUAAAUCAUAGUUGCAUGUUUAUCGUUAUUAUUAGUUUGUUGAUGUUUUUCUAUCUUUUUAUUUUAUCACUUUUUUUUGUUGCUUUUGUUUUGUAGUUGAUUUUUUAUUAGGAAUGCAUGUUGCUAUUCUUUAUAUCAUUAAUGAAACGGUUUCUAACUUCGGUAACUAUGGUAAACUCUGAACAUAAUGACUUUUCAUAAUUUUGAAAACAAAACAUUCUUAAAGUAUGGUGUAUGAGAAAGGCAUGUCAAGGUCUAUUGAAUAAAUCGAUAUUUCAGACUUCAUUCAUAUUUAUCUUAUAUUAUGUUAUUCAUUAUUGAGUAAAAAGAUACGAUUUUGUCGAAGAACAUUCUGAGAUUUCAUGAAGUGACAAAAUAAAGAAAUAAAUGCUCAAAUUAUUGUUUGUUUUACAUUUUAUGCUUCCUGAUGCAUCUAUAUUAGGAGUUUAUACAGUUCAGUUGUAUAAGAUAUAUUUUGUCAUGGAAAUUCAAUUGUUCAAGAACUUGGCGCUAAAGUAAUACAAAAUGCUGACGGGAUAUACGGGAAAAUAUAGACUAAAUGGAUAAAUAUGACCCGAAGAAUCAGCAUUUGUAUAGUUUAAUCUCAAAAUGAUAAACAGUAACGUUAUACUAACGAUUUAAAUUAAAAUACUUAUUUAAGCGCUAACAGUCCGAUUACAGAAGAUGAACACGACAUGUCACGUUGUCACAUUCUGCAUUAAUAUAAAAUGUGCGCCACAAUGUCCGUACAUGCAUUUAUUCCGUAACGUUGAAUGGAAUUCUACAAAAGUUAUCUUUUUAUACAAACAAUUGCUAAUUAUCAUUAUCAAAUGUCCACAAAAUUGGAACAAUUCACAUUAAGUUCAGUUAAUAUAAUACAUGUAGUGUGCCUUUAUUGUUACUUUCAGUAGACUCUACGCAAUGCGUUGUAUCUUUAAGAUAUAAGCUGUUAUCACCGAGUAUAAAAAAGA